AUGGUUGUGGGGAUACCUUUCUUUGUCCUAUUUGCAUCCACUCUGAGUCUAGCUUUCCUACUCUCAAAAUGGUUCUCAAAAAGUCAAACAAAAAAUGUUCCAAAGGGGUCUCUGGGGUACCCUAUCAUCGGAGAGACACUUAGUUUUCUUAAAGCACAGAGACAAGACAAGGGUUCUGAUUGGUUGGCAGAACGGAUAUCUAAGUAUGGUCCUGUCUUCAAAACCUCCUUAAUGGGGUCCCCUACAGUGUUUGCAAUUGGACAAGCAGGAAACAAGUUUAUCCUUGGUUCACCAGAUGAUGUGCUUUCUGCUAAGAAACCCCUCACCCUGCGAAAGAUAUUUGGAAGACAAAGCUUGGUUGAACUUACAGGACCCAGAUACAAGUUAGUCAAGAGGGAGAUGCUGAAAUUCUUGAAACCUGAAUGCCUUCAGAACUAUGUAAAAAAGAUGGAUGAAUUGGUGAAUGCUACAUUACUGAGAGAGUCCACAGAGAAUGAAACAAUGGGAGUUGUGGUCUUCAUGAAGAAACUGUCCUAUGAUAUAGGAUGCCAUAUAUUGUUUGACAUUAAGGAUGAGCACACCAGGGAGGCUAUGUUUGUUGAUUCCACUUUAGCAUUUAAAGCAAUCCAUUCUCUUCCCAUCAAUUUCCCUGGUACCACAUUUUGGAGAGGCCAAAGAGCCAGGGCAAGAAUUGUUGACAGGAUGAUUCCUAUUAUGAACAAAAGAAGGGAGGAGCUGUCAAAGGGAGUUCUAAGCUCUACCAAUGACAUGCUUUCCUGCUUGCUUGCACUAAGGGAUGAAAAUCAUCAACCUGUAGAUGAUGAUUUAAUCACUGACAAUUUUAUUUUUUUAUUUGUUGCUAGUCAUGACACAUCUGCCACUCUUAUGAGUUUGAUGAUAUGGAAGUUAUCUAGAGAUCCAGAGGUUUACAGUAAAGUCUUAGAAGAACAAAUGGAAAUUAUAAAGCAAAGGGAAGGAACAGAAGAGAGGCUAACAUGGGCAGAGAUACAAAAGAUGAAAUAUACAUGGAGAGUGGCUCAGGAAUUGAUGAGGAUGAUCCCUCCCUUGUUUGGCAGCUUUAGGAAAGCACUUAAAGAUACUAACUACCAAGGAUAUGACAUACCAAGAGGGUGGCAGGUGUAUUGGGCAGCAUAUGGAACCCAUAUGAACGAUGCUAUAUUUGAGAAUCCACAACAGUUUGAUCCAUCUCGUUUUGAGAAUCCAACAAAGCCAAUUCCACCUUAUUCUUACCUUCCAUUUGGUGCAGGGAUUCAUUAUUGCAUAGGAAACGAGUUUGCUAGGAUUGAGACCUUGACUACUAUUCACAACUUUGUGAAACUGUAUGAAUGGUCUCAAGUAAACCCAGAGGAACCAAUUACCCGUCAACCAAUGCCUUAUCCAUCCAUGGGUCUCCCAAUUAAGAUCAAACCCAGGUCUAGUUUGUCUUAA